GCGGGUAAAGGCGCGUGACUUCAUUCGCUCGAAUUGUCAUUUCUCAGUCUACCUCGGAUUCGAAACGAAUCUGAUAACCGCCGCGCACGGUAUCUUGUGAAAGCGAACCCGAAGAUGUCUCUCUCCAUGUCCUCCUCUUCCGGCGCUGCUGCAGCAGCAGCUGCGGCGGCGGGUUCGACACCGAAAUCAUCGUCUUCUCCGGCGGCCGCUUCGUCUUCCUCGGCCACCACGUCCUGGUUCUCCGGAAUCGUUCGCGGCCGCGGCGGAGGAGACAAACCCAACCAGACGAAGCUAUCGAAAAGCGCAUCGGCGACGGGAAUCGGAAGCGGGGAUCACGGUGGAGGACCCAUCAAAGGGAAGAGCCAAUUCCGAGGAGUUUUGUUCAAAUACGGUCCCAAAUCAAUUCAGGUGGCAUUUAAGACCGGAGAAUAUAAACAACAAGUGAUAUUUAUCGGUGGAUUAACCGAUGGACUUUUAGCUACUGAUUACUUGGAACCUCUUGCAAUUGCUUUGGAUAAGGAGAAAUGGUCACUUGUUCAACUACUCAUGUCUUCUUCCUAUUCUGGAUUCGGCACUUCCAGUUUGAAACAAGAUGCACAAGAGAUCGAUCAACUUAUAAGUUAUCUCAUCAACAAAGAGAACUCUGAAGGCGUUGUUCUACUUGGCCAUAGCACUGGCUGCCAGGACAUUGUGUAUUAUAUGGGAACAAAUGCUGCAUGCUCCCGAGCCGUCCGAGCUGCAAUUUUGCAGGCACCGGUCAGCGAUAGAGAGUACAAAGCAACGCUUCCUGAAACACCAGCUAUGAUAGACUUGGCUGCAAAUAUGAUAAAAGAGGGACGAGCAGAGGAGCUAAUGCCUAGAGAAGCUGAUCCUUGUGCUCCAAUCUCUGCGUAUAGAUACCACUCCCUCUGCGCUUACAUGGGAGACGACGAUAUGUUUAGUUCUGACCUAAGUGAUGAUCAGUUGAAAACUAGACUUGGUCAUAUGGCUAACACACCUUGUCAGGUGAUUUUCUCCAUGGGUGAUGAGUAUGUACCUGAUUAUGUCGACAAAAAAGCACUGGUUAAUAGGCUAAGUAAAGCAAUGGGAGGAGCAGAGAAAGUGGAGGUAGAGCAUGGGAAUCACUCGCUCUCCAAUAGAGUUCAUGAAGCUGUUCAAGCCAUUAUGAGUUUUGUCAAACGAGAAGGACCCAGUGGUUGGGAUGAUCCUUGGAGCUAAAUCUUCUUCUUCUUUUUUUUCAUUAUUUGGAUGAAAAUUAUACAAAUUUCAAUCUCUAUGAAUUAAUUUAAUGCGUAGUGUCAUUUCUCUUCCUUGUUACAUAAUCCCCAAAUUCUUUUGUUGCUUUAUCUUGUCUUUAUACAAAAUUGUUUCUUUU